AUGCAUCGUCCCGGCAUUCUAGGCAAUGGCCUGAAAAGGCUCGCCAGCGCGCCUCGGAGCCGUCGCAGCUUCGCAACGGCGACGGACGCUGACGUCGAAUCAGCUCGGCGAUACUGUUUGAAGCAGCUUCAGACCAGCGACUACGAUGCCCACCUCAUCCACCGCUUCAUCCCGCCGCCCGUCCAGGACACUUAUGCCGCCCUCCGCGCAUUGAACCUCGAGCUCGUCCGCCUGCCCGAGUUGGUGUCCAAUCCCACCAUUGGCGUCAUGCGCAUGAAGUUCUGGCAAGAGUCCAUUGACAAGACGUUCGCCGGGCAGCCUCCCCGUGAGCCAAUCUGCAUCCUGCUCCACCGCGGACUGCAGCAGCUCGAGCUACGGGCCGGCAGCUCGUCGACGGCAAAGUCCAUCAAAUUCUGGGUCUCGCGCCUGAUCCGCACGCGCGAGAGGCACAUGGACAAUCGGCCCUUCGCCACCCUGGCCAGCCUGGAGGACUACGCCGAGCACACGUACUCCACGAUCAUGUAUGCGACUUUGGCAUCCAUGCCGCUGCGGUCAAUGCACGUGGAUCACCUGGCCAGCCAUAUCGGCAAGGCGUGCGGCAUCGUCGCUGUGCUUCGGGGCAUUCCCAUCCUCGCCGCCCCCGCGCAGCCCGUCAGGAGCCCUUCUGGCCUCGAUACCCCGAGCCGCACCCAAGCCAUCCUGCUGCCGCUGGACAUCAUGGCCGAGGAGGGUGUCAAGGAGGAGGAGGUCUUCCGGCAAGGCCCCAACGCCCCCGGACUACAGGAUGCCAUCUUCAAGGUCGCCACCCGCGCCAAUGACCAUCUGAUCACGGCGCGAGAGAUGCUCAAGAGGUUAAAAGCGGGGCAGGAUCCAGGCCACGAGUUUGAGCACCAGGGCGAGGGCGAGCACCAGUACUUUGAGGAGGAGAACAACGACACGGCGCGAGACAUACGGCGCGGUUUCGGGGCCUUGUUAGAAGCUGUGCCCGCAGCACAAUGGUUGUUAAGCCUGGAAAAGGCCAACUUUGACCCGUUUGCCGUGAAGAGCAGCGGGUGGAGGCUGCCGUGGGGUGUAUGGCAAGCUCUGUCUAAGGAGAGGAUAUAG